AUGACAUGCUCCAAGAAAUGUCGACGAAAAGGUUAUUGUGCUCAGUUUAGAACCACACGAUCGUUCCACAAUAAGCUCCUUGAGAAAACCAUUAAACAACAAAUGAUAGCAAUUACGAGUUUCGAUGGAUUAACCUCGAUUGGGUUUUCUAGUCUAAACACUGAAUCCGGAACAUCAUCUAACACAACCGCUUCUUCAUUUCCAACUUCAUUGGAAAUGUCAAACAUAUUGGAAGAAACCCAAAUUCAUUUGAAUGAAAAUGCAGUGUUGAUUAAAGGAAAUGACAGCACAGUUGGUCUGUACAAGGUUCUUUUUGAAGUAAAUGGUAUCGAGAGAUAUCGAUUUGCUAUUAAAUACAAGACGAAAGAGAAAACUAAUGAAUUGAAGUUUACCAUCAAAGAGAAUCACAAAAAGCAAGCAUUAAGAUACUGGUUCAAUAUUCAAUUCGGAUAUGUGCUGAGGAACAUUGAAACUGAUGAUAGAGUUCAGUUUUAUCCCUCUGAUAAUACCUGCUUUAAUAUCAAUGAUUCACCACUAGUUAAUUCCACUAUUGAUACGGUACUAAACCAAUUGGAUGGUGAUGAUAUACUGGAAAAAUUGAAGUGUUCAAACUCCAAAUGGAGUAUUGAAAAUAUCUACGAAUAUGUACUUUUAACAACACCCAUUCCAGAGGUAUCAAUAGGCGCAUCUGUAAUUCUACCUGAUUUCAUCAAGAAUAGCAAGAGUAUUGUUUCAUUCUAUUUCAUUGGAAGUGAAGAAAACAAGGCUCAAUUCAUCCCAGUUGAAGGUACAACUGAAGAAGCUUUGGAUAUAGUGAUGACAAAAAUGGAUCAAAUACGACACAAAUAUCUGCAAUUGUUGUAUUCAAAGUAUUCUCGGUUCUUUGGAAUAAUGGCCAAUUUGGACGAUGCAAAGGUUCAGAAACGAUUAAGAUUACAAUUACUUGAAUGGCUUGGUGUUCUUCCUAUUUAUGGCUUCAGUAGCUCAUCAUAUGACAUUAACAUCAUCAAGAAAUACCCUCCACAAGUCUUGAAACACUCUAAAAAACAUGGAAAUGUAUCCAAAUGCGAAAAGCCUUGGGUUAAUUCAAUUGAAGGAGAAUUAGAUCGUAAUAUUGAACAAAGCGAAAAGAUUGAACGAUACAAUGUUGAUGGCUACGAUGAAGAAUCAAACACAAUCUAUGACUUUCUGGGAUGCUUUUUCCACUGA